AAUACUAUAUCUGGACUCGGCCUUGACCUGAGAAUUUGUUCUGCAGUCAGUUUGGAGUCAGUUUGUUAGUUGUAGUUUCCAGACUAUCAGCGUCAGUAGGCAAGCUAAGAAGAAAAAGUGAAAAGGAGUGCGUGAUGCAGGUUAAGAAUAUUCUGGGAAGUCUGUGGAUUUUUAUAUUAGUCCCCAGUGGAAUCAGAGGACAAUGCACAAAGCCUACCACCAGUGACCAUGCUGUGGUAGUAGACGACCCAUUUGAUAUCUCCAAGGAGACCUUCGUGGCAGGAUCUACUGUAAAACUUAGGUGCCAUCCUGGAUAUGAGCCCAAUUCUAGAAUUUUGGAUUCGUACACCUGUGGGAUUAAUGGGCAAUGGAAGCCUGACCCAGAAAAAUUCACCUGUCAUAAAAGGGCCUGUGGCAACCCAGGUGAAGUGAUGAAUGGGUAUUAUGAAUUCCCUGAUGGAGCUGAAUUUGGGGCAAUAGUCAGAGCAGUCUGCAAGAUGGGGUACUAUAUGAUUGGAGAAAACACAAGGACAUGCUUGGCAGAUGGACAAUGGGAUGGUAGAGACCCUGUUUGUGAAGUGGUGAAAUGUGGACCUCCACCAAUGAUCUCUAAUGGCCGACCUCUAAAUGAUCACUCUGAGUAUGAGUAUGGCAAUGUUGUACAAUAUGUUUGCAGCAGUAGCUACACCCUGCUUGGGGACAAUGAGUUGGCUAUUAUGUGCCUUGAAAAUGGCACCUGGUCUAAAGAACCUCGAUGCGUAGCGGUGAACUGCAACAGGCCAGCUAUCCUAAAUGCUAGACGUGUUGAGGGAGGAAGUGGGCCUUAUGGCUACAGGUCCAUUAUCAGGUAUGAGUGCAGCGUGGGAUACAGGAUGACUUCUGAAACAGGCAGAAUGGUCUGCUUGGAGAACGGAUGGUCUUCUAUUCCGAAAUGUGAAGAUGAAUGCAUGAGUCACCUUGGUAUGAAGUCUGGGAUCAUCCCUGACGAGAAGCUGUCAGCAUCCAGUGUUUACUGUACUGUAUGGAGGUGUCCUUCUUCUUUGAGCUGGCAUCCCGGUUUGGCCCGUCUAGACCACAAUGGCCUAUACAAUGCCUGGUUGGCAGACAACAAUAGUCAAUUAGAGUGGCUUCAGGUAGACCUGGGCAUCCAAAAGCAGGUCACAGGCAUCAUCACUCAGGGGGCAAAGAGGUUAGGGUCCAUUUAUUUUGUCUCGGCCUUCAAAGUGGCGUUCUGUGAUGACGGCGACUCUUGGAAGGUGCUAAAGGAUCCCAACACCAGGACAGACAAGAUAUUCCAGGGCAACAUCGACAACAACACUCACAAGAAGAACGUGUUCGACCCUCCGUUCUACGCUCGCUUCGUGCGUUUCCUGCCGUGGAAGUGGAACAAGCACAUCGCCGUCCGCAUGGAGCUGCUGGGCUGUAGAGACGACUAGAGACCUUUCCUCUGCUCUCCUCCCUCCGGUACCAGGCUGGAUUCACACAUAAACCAGAGAGAGAGCAAGAGAGAGAGAGAGCAAGAGAGAGAGAGAGAGAGAGCAAGAGAGAGAGAGAGAGAGAGAGCAAGAGAGAGAGAGCAAGAGAGAGAAAGAGAGAGAGAGAGCUCCUACAGCCAGUUUCACAGUGUCUAACAGUCUCCUGAAAGCUCAACAGUGUUCAUUUUAAAGCAUGAUGAUCAUCUGAUGAAAGUGUCUGGUCUGCUAGGGUCAAUUAAAGGAAAACAUUCAGAUGUG